UUCUGUAUCGAUUGUCCCAAUGUUACAAACGUGUUAACACUGACCUCAACAUUUAUCUAAAUACUUGUUUUAUGGGCUAUUGGAGACGAUAAUGCUGGAUGGUUGCACUCAUGAAAUUCACCAGAGAUAUAUGCAGGCUGUUGGGACUCGGGAGCGGCCCCCCAGUCCAGCAGCCGGAGGAGCAGAUGGAUUGUGGUGCCGCAAACCUUGACCCAAGGGAUGAUGCCAAUUUGUCACAGGAUGCAUUAAAUGGAGAGGAGGAUCUGAGUGAAGAGGAGAAGGUCAGACGAAGGGCAGAGCGACGCAAAGCCAAGAGGAAGCGCCGUCGAAAACGUAAGAAGCAGGAGCAGGUGAAGCAAAACGAGAGUGCCGAACGGGAUGAUGAAGACGAGGAUGGUGGUGCAGAGUCUGAACUGGAUGAUAGUGAGUCAGAAGCAGAAGUUGGUGCCGAAGAGGAGAAACAAGAAGUAGUGCAGAAGGAGCAGAAAAAGGAAGCAGCUGCCUCCUACAACCACGUCACCACUCCAGUUAUGGCUCCUGCAGGAAUCAAAGGACAUCAGAAACCCCCAGCCAGAUCCACUGAAGAGGAGCCAGAGUGGGAUGUGAGCAGUGCCUUCUUUGCUAACGCUGCGAGCCAUAUCAAACCCAAAGGAUCAAGCCGCAAGUCCAAAGAAAACAAGGAGAACGAGGCCAGAAGAGAGACAAAUGGAACCGACACCAUGACCAAGAAAAGUGCAUCCCUGACAGAAAAAGGCAUCACGCUGGUGCAAGAGGGGCAGUACGCACACGCUGCCAGUAUGUUUACAGAAGCUAUCAAAUGUGAUCCGAAGGAUUACAGGUUCUUUGGGAAUCGUUCCUAUUGCUAUUACUGUUUGGAGCAGUACCCUCAGGCCCUGGCGGACGCUGAGCGCUCCAUCCAGCUGGCCCCAGACUGGCCCAAGGGACACUUUCGCAAGGGUAGCGCUCUCAUGGGCAUGAAGCGGUACAGUGAGGCCGAGAGGGCCAUGGAGCAGGUGCUAAAAUUUGACACAGACUGUGAGGAGGCUGUCAAUGACCUCUUCAACUGCAAAGUGCUGCAGUUAAUGGAGCUUGGUUUUGAAGAAGUGCAGAGUGUCCUACUGCUGGAGAAAUGUUCAACUGUGCAGGCAGUUCUGGCAUCUUGUUCUGAUGCUGCCAGGGCUGGGAGCCUCGAUCCGUCCGUUGUGCAACCAGGAAGCCCGUGCCCAUCGCUUUGGGUGGGAAAUGUGACCACUGAGUUAACGGAGAAACACCUCUGGGACAUUUUUAAAAUGCACGGUGAGAUCGAGAGUGUCCGUGUUCUGCACGAGAGAUUCUGUGCCUUUGUCAACUUCAAGAAUGCGAACAUGGCUGCUCGUGCCAUGGAGAAAGUAAAUGGUUAUUGUAUUGAAAACACACGUUUAGUGGUGCGCUAUCCUGACCGCCGCACGCAGAAGGUCCUUCCCGCCCCUCUGAAGACCUGUCUCCCCGUCACAGAGCAGGCCGCUGCUGGGCCACGACGGCGUGGCCCAGUCAAUGGAGACGAGUGUUACUUCUGGAGAACCACCGGCUGCCAUUUUGGGGACAAAUGUCGCUACAAACACAUUCCUGAUCAGAAAAGCAAGGACAGGAAGCCCUGGCAGCCCUGAACUCAGUUUACUGUCUGCCUCAGUAGUGUGCAGGAAAGUGGGAUACACAGUGUGCCAAAGGAGCCGGUACUUACUGGACUAGGUUCUCUGAGCUAUUGUACACCUACUGUUGCAGAACGGACUGGAAUAAUCAAAGGAUCAGAGCCAGCUCUCAGGCUCUAAGACAGGGAGCGUCACACAUGUGCCACAAAGGAUUGGGAGCAUGAAGAUCUGUAUUUCAACUUGCGUCUUUUAUCAACAAUGUUGCUCCGUAGACAACGUUAGCCAGAGGGGAGCACCAGAAUGACCUGGUGUCGUCCCUGUUUUGAAUGAAAACCUUCACAUUCGCAGCCUUCCAUGGCUCAAGGUGGCCUAUUCCAGCUUUAGGGGACACAACCUAACCUCACAGAUGUGCAGCAUAAGGAGGAACUGCUUGGUCCACUAUGCGGGAAAAGUAAUGGCUCUGUCAUGUACCGCAGUAAUGAAAGAACUCAGUAUGGAUUUUUCGGGUUCUUCAGUGAUGAUCCUGGGGACCUUCCUUCCUUAGAAAUUCCAUCACAAAUCAGUGUUCCUCCCUAUUUUCAAAUUACAGUAACUUUUUAACAGUCAUGGUUUAUCCACUGCCCACAACUGCUCACCAGUCUGUGGUUCAGUCUGGUACUCUGGUAUUUCCCACUUGUUGUUCCUGUUCCAAUAUUAAUGCUCUGUCCGCCAGACCAAAGACUUACCAUCAGACCUCCACGACAUUUUAGAUCCUCCCCUGAGUAAAUGAAGUUCUUUUAUGCCUUUUAUACUGUACUGCAUGGGUAAAUGUACAUUAGACCUACACAGUUGUCUCGAGGAUCACACAUUUUAAGUAUUAAUCUAUGGACUAUGUAUAUAUAUAUAUAUAUAUAUAUAUAUAUGUAUGUGUGUAUAUAUAUAUAUAUAUAUACGUGUGUGUGUAUAUAUAUAUAUAUCUACAAUCUCACUUUAUUUAUUGGCUGCCCCUUUUGUAGAAAGAUUGAAUAGACACACUGCACGUCUGUUCAGUUGUCGGUACAACUUAUGGAGGACUCAUUGUCUUUCAUAGCAAAUUUUGUGCGGCAUGGAAGAAGUAAUAUAAAUAUCUGAGCUGCUUCAUGGCGAUGCAAAAGGAAAGUGCCAACUCUGUCAGACAUACACACGCCCACUGAAUGCCUGUGGAUCGAAAAACAAGUUCAUACUACAGGACUGUGCCUUAAUUAAAAUAUGUUCAGCCAUGUGCACACACACAUUCAUGGCCACAUGUGUAACAUAAUCCACUUGCAGAACUUUUUAAUCAUAAAAAGCAGUGUUUUUAACCUUAGGGCCUCCAUUUCAGUAUUUCAGUGAACCAAAGAAUGCUUCAUCUGAUGGCUGCAUGAUAAAGAGCCUUGUUUUUUAAUGUUUCAGCACUAGGCAACAACACCUGCUUUAGGUCCACACUACAUCUAUGAGUAAACUAUGCACAGCAUAGUGAGUAUUUAUUUCCUUAUUUAUGCUGACUUUCUUCCAUAUUACCACAUAACUUAAGAGCUGAAUACAGUUUUCCACUUACUGGCCUUUUAUUGUAUUGGUAAAUCCCCUCUUGUGUUUCUUUCUGGCUUUCAGAGGAAAGCAUUAUUAAGAGCCAUUUGGUGCAAACGCAGUCACAUGCUGCACUUCUGCUUUUCUCAUAUUAACUUUCCGCUUUGUGGCUAAAACUUGUGAAAAAGGAGUUCCACCAAACCGUAUGUCUGUAGUUGUUGAACUUGCGCAUUUCUCUUUUGAUUGGUGCUGUUAACUGGCAGUGCAUUUCAUUUAGCAGACUAAUACAAUGCAUUGAAUGUUACCAUAACAUAUCAAUAUUCCAGAUUUGGACAUACAAAUUCCCUGGGUUUAAUUGUAACUAUUUGGUAUCUUUUUAAUAUGUGUACCUUGUUUUAAACUUUUUUUUAGGAAAAUGAAUUUUUAAUUAUGCUAUACACGUCAAUAACCAGAGCACUGCAAUCCUGUUAAUCUUCCAAAUAUUUUGUAUUACCCUUACUGCACUGCAAAACGAGUCUUUUAUAUAUUUAAUAAAUGUAUUCCAACCACCUA